AUGUCUCUCAAGUACAUCCUCCCCGCGCUGGCCGCUAGCCAGGCUGUUUUCGCUGCCUCCUGCAACGAUACCGUGAUCCAUACCCAGAGCGAUGCUGAUGGAAUCAACACUUGCACCACCAUCAAGGGUGAUAUAACCAUUGACAAGUCCUACAGCGGUGAUCUCGCGAUCAACGGUGUCGAGAAGAUCACCGGUGGUCUGAUCUGCAAUGGUGGUCAGAACGUCACUUCCAUCACUGCUGGCUCUCUUGCCUCGAUCGGAAAGGCCUUCGAUUUGGAGGGCCUCACCACUCUCACCCUGCUUAGCUUCGCCGAGCUCGACUCCGUUGGUUCCAUCAACUGGGAGGCUCUCCCGCAGCUCCAGUCGCUCUCUUUCGCCAAGGGUGUCACCCAGGCUGGCGAUGUCAGCAUUGCCAACACUGGUCUGACUGACCUGAAUGGCAUCACCCUCAAGACUGUCGGUACCUUCAGCAUCCAGAACAACCGUGAACUGAAAACCAUCAACAUCAACAACCUUCAGAACGCCACCGAUCUGAUUAGCUUCUCGGGUAACUACGAUACCCUCGAAGUCAACCUUCCCAACCUGGGCACCGGUACCAACAUGACCUUCCAGAACAUCUCCUCAGUUUCCCUGCCCUCUCUUGAGAAGCUUACUGGUCAGCUCGGAUUCUGGGGUACCAAAUUCGAGACUUUCUCCGCUCCUAACCUGACCCAGACUGGUGAUCUGGUCUUCAAGGAUAACUCGAAGUUGUCCAACAUCAGCAUGCCCGUCCUGAAGACCGUUGACGGUGGAUUCAACAUUGCCCGUGAUGACAAGCUCUCUACCAUCAGCCUACCGGCCUUGCAGCGUGUUAACGGUGCUAUUGACUUUAGCGGUACCUUCAACAAGCUUGCUCUUGGUGCUCUCAAGGAUGUUGAGGGUAGCUUCAACAUGCAGAGCACCCGCGGUAACUUCAGCUGUGACGAUCUCCACAAGCUGAAGAACGACGAUGUUAUCAAGGGUAGCUUCAAGUGUGAUGCUACCAACAACAACCCCACCACGGCCAACGGCGCCUCCGGUACCUCCAGCUCUCCCAGCAGCUCUUCCAGCAGCUCUUCCAGCACUAGCUCCGGUGCUGCCUUCAUGAACGGUGCCAACGUCCCCGUUGUCGGCCUUGCCGCUAUCUUCGGUGUCCUCGCUCAGCUUCUGUAG